AUGGCGCAAGUUCAGCGACCGCUUAUCAUACAGUCGCAGAUGAUACGACUAUGCUGCCCGCGCACGGCGAGAAGAACAAGCAGCGCGCUGUUCGCAAGAGGAAGCUACUACCGAAAGCUGCACACCAAGACGGUUACCGACAACGACAUUUCGCAUCUGGCGAGCUUACCAUUACACCCGUUGACACUGGCCGAUCUCGUCAAACACGGAAGACCGCCGCUGACGACCCAACAACUCCUCACGUCGGCAAACUUCACCCUCUCCAUCCUCCCCGCCCGCCUCGCGCACCGCAUACAAUCGCUCCGCAACCUCCCGUUCAUCGUCGUUUCCAAUCCUCAUGUCUCCAAGAUCCACUCGAAUUACAUGCACAGCCUGUCGACGCUGCUACCAUGGGCUGAGCAGGAGAUAAAGACGCUGGAGGAGGAAGUCAAGUUCACCGAGGUCAUGGCGGAUCUGGUACAAACACAUGCCAAUACGAUUAGCAUACUGGCGAGAGGCUUUCUGGAGGCGAGGAAAUACAUCAGCCCAAAGGAUGUGACCCGAUUCCUGGACGAGCAUCUGCGCGCGCGGAUAGGCACGAGGUUGAUUGCGGAACAGCAUCUGUCUCUUCACUUCUCCAGUCAGCCGCAUUGCGAGAUGAUGCAUGAAGUAGACGAGAGCCCAGGAUACAUCGGCGUUAUCGACACAAGACUCAGGCCGGCGAGGAUUGUAGACCACUGCGCCAACGUGGUGGGCGAGAUCUGUGAGCUGAAGUAUGGCGUCCGGCCGACCAUCGUCAUCAACGGCGAACCCGACUACGAAUUCGCGCAUAUACCCGUCCAUCUCGAAUACAUCAUCACCGAGUUGCUCAAGAACGCGUUCCGCGCGACGGUGGAAAGCGGCAUGGAACGCGAACCCAUCGAAGUGACCAUCGCCCCGCUUCCAGAACUUCUACCCGAAGAUGCAAGCAGCGAGAACUCAAAAGACAUCCGAAACAAGAAGGUUGACAAUGAGGAUCAGGGCAAUGUAGAUCAGGUCUCACAGCGCUUUACAGGCAACAGCUCGCCUACGUCUCCACCGUCCGACUCGAACAUUCUCCCGCUCAAACACAGCACACCCGGCGUGACGAUACGAAUUCGAGACCGAGGCGGCGGCAUCUCCCCCGAUAACCUCUCACACAUCUGGGACUACAGCUUCACAACUUUCAACGACGCGCAGGCAAUUACCACCCUUUCCGGUGGUAGCAAUUCAGCCACCGGCAUGGAUGCUCUGAACGCCUUCUCAGGGGCAGGAGGCGAUGGAGUGAACAGUCUAGCGGGGCUGGGAUACGGACUGCCGUUGGGAAGAGCCUAUGCGGAAUACUUCGGCGGAGGUAUUGCAGUACAGAGUCUCUGGGGGUGGGGUACAGACGUGUACCUCAGCUUAAGAGGAGUGGGCAGAGUAGACACCGUACAGGAGGCUAGGGAAGACGCGGGGAGGCAGAGAUGA